AAAUCUGAAGAAACAGCUGAAGCAGCAGAAGCUGGAGCACGCAAAUCGUUGCUUAAAUGGCUCACUGUUAGUUUCGAUUUUUCGAUCCUUCAAUCUGGUGUUAGCAGAUCGAAAGUGUGGUCCAUUUUAUUUGAGCUGAGUUUCGGAUUGAAGGUUCUCUGGGAUCAACAAAGCGGAGAUUUUCUCGUGUCCUAUUCUGUUUUGCCUAAAAUAUGUGGAGAUUUAAGCCAUUCAUGCACAAAGAGCAAACUGGUCUUGAAGGCCGCACCAUAGAUGUUGGCAAUCUUAAAAUAAAUGUCGUUAAGGCCAUUGCUGAAGGAGGGUUCUCUUGUGUCUACUUAGCUCGUGAUGCUGUACAUAUGUCAAAGCAAUAUGCAUUGAAACACAUGAUAUGCAAUGAUGAAGAAUCACUUGCAUUGGUGAAAAAGGAAAUAUCUGUGAUGAAAUUGCUGGUAGGACAUCCUAAUGUUGUCACACUUCAUUCACAUACAAUCUUUGAUAUGGGUAGGACAAAAGAGGCUUUUAUUGUAAUGGACUUUUGUGAGAAGUCUCUGGUUAAUGUUCUAGAGAGCCGGGGAGCUGGUUAUUUUGAUGAGAAACAAGUUCUUUUAAUCUUCAGGGACGUGUGUAAUGCAGUUUUUGCCAUGCACUGUCAGUCUCCACCAAUUGCUCACAGAGACUUGAAAGCAGAGAAUCUUUUAUUAGGUUCUGAUGGCUCAUGGAAGUUAUGUGAUUUUGGAAGCACUUCCACCAAUCACAAACGCUUUGAGAAGCCUGAGGAAAUGGGGAUUGAGGAAGACAAUAUCAGGAAGUACACAACCCCUGCCUACAGGGCCCCUGAGAUGUGGGAUCUGUUCCUGAGAGAAGUCAUUAAUGAGAAAGUGGACAUAUGGGCACUUGGGUGUCUCCUUUUUCGCAUAUGCUACUUCAAAAGUGCAUUUGAUGGGGAGUCAAAGCUCCAAGUCUUAAAUGGAAACUAUCGCAUUCCUGAUUUACCCAAAUACAAUUCAUCUGUCACGGAUUUGAUCAGAGACAUGCUCCAAGCUAGACCAGAUGACAGACCAGAUAUCACGCAGGUCUGGUUUCGUGUUAAUGAGCAGCUACCUAUUAAUUUACAGAAGUCAUUACCUGACAGGCCACCUGAAUCACCCUCUUCCAACGAAGGUGUGUCAAUGUCCAAUAACAAAACACAUCCAGUGCCUCGAAGGAAUCCACCUCCUCCACCUUCAUCUGGAGAACCCAAAAGUACACCACAGCCAUCGCAUUCUUCUAGGGGAGCAGGAAGUGGGGGGCAACUUGGUGCUUUCUGGUCCACUCAGCAUGCAAAGGAUUCUCUUGGCACUGAAGGAAAGAGCAAACCAAUUUUUGAUGAAGAACCAUCCAGCCACCAUAUAUCAUUGAAACAUGAUAGAAUUCGUCCAGACAAUGAACAAUUACCCAAAAAUGCCAAUAUUAACAAAGUGGUUAACACACAAACUCAUACUGUAAAAAGCAGCGCACAAGGAAAAUUCCACAAUCCUGAUACCGUACCCUCCAAGGAUUUUGAAAUAAACUUUUUUCAGGAUAAAGAUCCUGCUGGUCAAAGGCGAAUGCCAACUAUGGAGAAUACAUCUAACUUCCAAGACCAGGCUUUUAACACUUUUGUUGCAGAAUUUGAUACCGCUAAGCUCAACUCUGGACUUGGUAACAAAUCUGAAAGGGAAGAAGAAUUGGAGGCUGAGGUGGAGAAACUCAAAGAACAGUUGGAGGAAGCCAACUUGGAAAAAGCUGAGAUAACGGCUAAGUAUGAAAAGCUUUCUGCUAUCUGCCGAUCACAAAGGCAAGAAUUACAGGAACUCAAGCAAGCACUUGCAGCAAGGACUCCUUCACCAAAUAGAGAAAAAUUGAGAACCUCUCCUGUAGUUACAUCAUCUGCAUCAGUGGAUAAAACUGAAUGGAAAACUCCUAGUUCAGAGCCAAAGUCAUGGCAAGCUUUUCCAGAGGAACCCCAGCCACAAAAGUCCCUUUCAGCAGAAAACACUUCCAAAUCUGUUCGGUCAAGAAAUGGUCAACAAAACAAGCAACCAGCACAAUUAGCUACUGAUUUUGAUACAUGGGGUUUUGGCACAGAUAGCUUCAGCGCUGUGCGUGCUGGCAGCCCACAGAUGCCAAGACCAAGUGAAGGAGCUAAGUCUCAGGUUUUUGGUGAGGCAAAGGCCUUUGAGAGCAAGUCAUCUUCUCAACCAGCUGGAUGGGCUGGUUUUUAACUGUGGGAAAAGAGAAGUUCUAAAGGGUAUCUACUGUGUGAUUGCACUGAGACAUUUUUUUUGGUCACAUGGAGAAGUAAAAUGAAUGCAAACUUAUUAUAUAUUCAGUAUGUGAAAUGCAUGGUGUUGAGUUUGUUUUCUGUUGUGGAUCAUGCUACGAAAUGGUACAUGCUUCUUUGGACUAAGCUAUUCCCGAGUGGUGGUAUUCAUUUCCAUCUUGCAUGAUUGUUGCUUUACUUUUAUUCUGUGUGUUAAUGGGCUAGGGUCUGAGUGGACCUCCGCCCUCUUGUACACCGUACUCAUUCAGGUUUCAUAGCCUGAAUUUAAACCUUUUCUGCUACAAAUUUGAAGUGGUUGCUUUCAUUGCGUUAAUGAACAAGGUGAAUUUCUUC